AAUAACUAAGAAAACAAUAUGGUCGCUGUAUACAAUAUUGAUGAAAUUGGUCAAAAUCCCAAAACAUUGGGAGAUUGGGUUAAAAACUUCCGUUUGAAAAAAAUACAAAUGAAACGCAAACUGCGAGCUUCGGGUGCCGAGCUACGAGUCGCCGCCAUUUUGUCGACAGCCUUGAUGUCGGCCGAACAUGAAUUGCGUCGCAAACAACAAGAACGCUUCCAGAAAUGGUUGGAAUUCCAAUCGAAAAUCAAUAAAAACCACGAACUACAGCCCCCGAGUGAACAUCUCAACAGAAAUAAACAACACGCCUCAAAAGUGGACGAUGAAGUAGUUCUUGUGGCCAGACGUGAAAGUGAUACACAAACCUGCAAACAAAGUGAAGAAAUAACCAAUUUGUGGAAAUGUGAACUUAGUGAAUUAGAUAAUUUUAUGCGAAGUAUUAGCAGCAGUACGAAUAGUAGUUGUAGAGACAAUAGUAGUAUAAAGCAAUCACAAACAAGUGCUGACGAAAGUUGUCCCAGCGAAGUCAACCACAACAGCUAUUUCCAGCCACAAUCUAUACAAGUUUCUAGUUAA